GACAGGUUUUUAUAUAUCUCCCUCUUUAUUUCUACCCUGAAAGAACCAAUCUUAGCACUAGAACUAUGAAGCGCUGUCAAGAUAUACAAACAGAGAAGGCCUCAGGGCCAGAAGGACUGGCGCUUUCUUAUAAAACUUUCUGCUCAGGGGGGCGUGUCUAGCAGCGCAUGGUGGCGGUCGCAUAGUUCGUGUGCUCCGCUAACCACUGGGCCUGAUAGCGGCUACGCAGCGUUGGUACCCUGGUUCUUGCCCUAGAAACCCCUGGUUCCGAUCGGGGAGCAUACUGCCUACAUGGUGAUGACCCGCAACAGAGGAAAGAAUAAAAGCCCUAUGAAGCUCACCGCGUUCUUUCCGGCGGCGGAGGCCGCUCAAGAUGGCGCAGCUGCAUCUCCUGUGCAGCUGUCCGGGGCGCCUUCCUCCAACGGCUCUGCAUCCCCGGCUACAGGCAGCGCUUCUCCGGCAUCCUCCUCACCCAGAGCAGACAGUGAGAAGAGCGGCUCGACGACUCAGAAGCUACUGACCGGCUCUGGCGGACCCUCAGUUACAUCUGGGCCCUCUCAGGUACGCUAUCCUCCAGCUACCCCUGCGCCUCAGUGCUCUGGAGCCCGCCAUGAGACGGAGACUGGGCUCUCCUCCCAAUCACCACUCACUGAGUCAAUAAUGAGGGGACUGCUAGCUGAGCUGCGAAGUUCUCUGCACGCAGAUAUCCAAAGUGCGGUCUCUAGUAUUCAGUCUGAGAUCUCCUCGCUGGGAACUCGCACUUCACAUAUAGAGAACAAGAUGGCUGAGCUCACCUCGUCCCACAAUGAGGUGGUGGAUGUGGCUAACUCUCUAGAAGAUGAGGUCGCGGCGUUGAAACUCAAGAUUGCGGAUAUGGAGGACCGGUCUCGCCGCAAUAAUUUGCGGGUGCACGGCGUACCCGAAUCAGUUAAAACUGAGGAUCUCAAUGCUUACCUUACAGACUUCUUUGCGCUUCUUCUGCCCCAAGCUUCCUCUAUGGAUUUGCUGAUGGAUAGGGUUCAUAGACUGCCCAAGCCCAAGGCGCUCCCGGCUACGGUCCCUAGAGAUGUGAUCCUCAGAAUGCAUUUCUUUCACAUUAAAGAGAAAUUGCUGCAUGAGGCUCGCUCGGGUGGCCUCCUCCCUGCCUGACCGAUUUGCGGAGUCGCAACUGUAUACUGAUUUGUCAGCGGCUACCUUAGCCAGAAGACGUGAGCUUGGUGCAGGAGCUAAAGUUCUACGUGAUAAUGGCAUCCCCUACAAAUGGGGAUAUCCUGUUAAAAUGAUCGUCACACGCAACGGGGGUAAGAUGGUGGUCUCUUCGCCGGAGGAACUUAACCGCUUAUGCGCGGAAUGGAAUUUACUUACACUGACCUCCUCUCCCCGUUCCACCGGAGCAUCUCCUCUCCCGGGAGUUACAGAGGAAUGGCACUUGGUCACCAACAGGAAGCGAAAAAGUCAUUAGAGCUUCAACUGGUUUUGCUGGACCGAGACGACACCUGGCUCGUGAUCCUUAUCUGGGAUUGAAAGGUGCUUAGCACGUACGAAUUCUCAUUGCACAGCUCCUGGGAAACAAGGGGCACAGGUUGUGGCCUUAGAAGGUAACAAUGGGGUGCAUCAUAGAAUAUUUAGCAAAGAAGAUUGGUCUUUCAUCAAACCAGCUCUUAAAGUGUGUCCUACUGAACACUGCAAUUGAGCUCUUCAGUUACAUUGAUGCUCCACCUUAUUCCUCUUCAGGUUAUCUUUACCAGGAUUGGAGUAUGGAUGACUUUGACUACUUCUAUAAUGCUUCUCCUGACACAGGACAAACUGUAGAGAAUGCUGAUAGUUGGCUCCCAGAUCGGAUCACUGAUCAAGCUGUGCCAAACCAAGAGCCAUCGAUGGAGGACACAGCCUGCAUCGCUACACUGAAUGAGUUGGAAACUAUGUAUUUGCCCAUACCAGAACAUUUGUGUGGUACAUCAGAUUCUAAUUCCAUAAAGAAAUGGGGCAAAGCUGAGUCUUUCUACUAUCUGGUUGGCCCUGAUAACCUUUGGUUGGAAUUUCCCUUGACUAUGGAUAUGCAAGCUCCACCAUGUGCUGCUACAUGGUCUACCCAAGAUUACUUAACCUUCUGUGGUGGUAAAGAACUUUCCUUCCUAAACACCAGCCCUGGGGUAAGCAGAGAGACAAAAAGACAAGAGAGUAAUCUAAAUACAUGUGCUGUCCAGACCACUGAAGACCUACUACACACUGUGGACAACUCUGAGAGGGACUUCCUCUAUAGUUUACUUCAUCAUGAAGCGGAAGCUAAAGAGAGUAUUAUUUGGGACAGCUAUGAUCUACAUUUAUCCAGAAGCCCUAUGGAGUGUGCACAUACAAAAUCGUGGGAAACUAAAGAGCAAGACUUUCCAAACAUCGAAGACUUAUUUACACUUGUGGUGACGUCCGCCAUUAGGAAGAUAGUGGGAGAAAAAUUUGUGCACGCGCAGCCUCCUUCUCCUGCUAUCUUCGGCUGCAAUAACUGGAGUUAUAACGGACUUCAGAGAAAUCGCAUUCAAGUGAAUGGGAUCCUCCUUUACCAGUUGACUCCAGAGGAAGAACUGGUGCUUCUGGCUCAGGAAGAUGUGGAGGCCCUUCUAGGCGCUGACUUCUAUCCUCUAUGUGAUGUUGCUGAAGACACUUAUUCUCCCAAGCAUACAACAAAGCUUCUCGGAGAGCAUCCCGUGUCCUCUACCCCAUAUGUACAGAAAACCCGAGCCUCUAUCCAGAGGGGUGGUGUAGCAGCACCUGAUGAUGUACCUGAUUCUUUUUUGCCUUCUGUCCUAUUUGCGAAUGACUCCAGCUGACUGGACCCCUGCAAAGACUAUUGGUGACGCCACCAUCAGAGAUUCUGCCGCUUAAAUGCUACAAACUGCCACCCCUUCAACAUGGCACUGUAUUGUCACUGCUCUGAUUGUGAAUGUAAUGUACUUUUUAGGAUUUUAACUUAAAUCUAUAUCUGUAAGCCAGCGAGAGAUACAGAAAGGUAUCACAUCACCUGUUUGUCUUUUUUCACUGUUUUAUAUAUAUUUUUUUUCUCCAAUUUUUACAUGCACUAGGUUUGUAAUAUAGAAGUUGAAUUGCCACAAUUAUCACGAUUUUCUGCACUUACUGUGAAUAUUUACUCUUCACUAUGAUAUAACUUGUCACAAUUUGAAUAUUUCUUUAUAAUGCAUGAUCACGUUUCACAAUUUAAACAUAUUUAUGUACAGUCUGUA